AUGGCCAAACAAAGCGUGCACGGGGAUCCGAUUCGUUGCGAUGAAAGCUUCAUUUUUCUUCUCGUCCUCUUCCAAUUCGAUCUUCUCGGAUUUUUGCGAGUGCUGUUGGAGAGAAAAGCGAUGCCCCGAUUAUCUCGCGAGCCGCCAUUGCCCGAUUACCCGGCUGAACGAUGUCCCGAAGGAAUACCGCCACCCGUCACUGGGAUGAUUUUGCUAAAGGAGAGGAAUAAACGGUGGAAACGAUCGAGACGCUUCUAUGCCGAGUUGAACAGAGGCUACCUGAAGGCUUGGAAAAACAAGAAGCAAAAGAAGGAAAAAGACGCCGGAGCGAACAGUAUUUGGAGUACGAAAAUCGACAUUGGAUCGGUGGUGGUUGUGCCCGAAGCGAGCUAUCAUCGAUUUCACCUCCAAUUCUCAAAUGUUACCCAGAUACUUACUCCCUUGGACGGCUCGACAUUUACCGUUUGGCGUGAUGGCAUCAAGAAUCAUCGCCUUUAUCGACAAGAAGGACGAAAAGAUGGUGGUUCCGUUUCCCCGCCACAACCGGAAGCAUCUUCUGGUGAACUUUCCGAUGUACCUGAUGAGACGGACAAGGAAAAUCGUGAUAAAGAAGCCGGCUCUUCGCCGAUUAGUGGCAAUCAAAAGAUCCACGAGGGAUUGGAGGCGACUGCUCGAGUGAUGGAUGAGGCAAAAGAGAUGUUCACCAUGUCGCUUGAUGUGGCCUCGACUUUAGUACGAACAGCGGAAAAACUGACCAGCGUGCAAAAAGAAAUGAAGCAAACCGUGCAAGAACUUCGACUCACCAUUUCACAAUUCAAACCGACAAUUAAAGGAAAGCAGCCGCCUUCCGACGGGAACGAGGUGCCCCCUGGGAUGUUGAGGACGGCUCGUUUGAAAAGCCCUGAGGAUGAUGAUGCUUUUGAAGAUGCGCGAGAUGGACGAAGUCCGGUUGCAGUUGCUUCCCUCCAGACACCACCCACGGCUGACACAGAAAAGGAACAAAUCAUGGAAAGGAUUCGACUCAUUGAUGAGCUUAUUCGUGAGGCAGAGCCAUCACCAGUUCAACCACAACUACCGGCCAAGGAUCAAUUGAUUGAAUCGCCACCACUACAAAAAAAGGUCCCAAUAUUCGGCGUGGCUCGUCAACGUCGCUCAUAUCUUCCAGCAAAGAUGAUGCCAGCGGAAAAUCUUGGAAUGGGAGCAAUCGCAAAAAUGGCAUUCGGUCGAGCGGGACUUCCCAUCUCUCACUUUGAGCCAUUGUCGAUGAUUCAAGUCGUUUGCGAAGAGCUCCGUUUUGCCUCGCUUUUGUCGCGUGCUGCACAGAUGUCCGAUCCAGUCGAUCGAAUGGCAAUGAUAGCUGCAUUUACUGUUUCUGGGUACUCGAAUACACUCGGUCGCUCACGGAAGCCGUUCAACCCGAUCCUUGGCGAAACUUUUGACUACACUGAGCCUGAGUGGCGAUUCCAUGGAGAACAAGUCUCUCAUCACCCACCAAUCACUGCCGGCUUUGCUGAGGGCAAUGGAUGGGUUUGGUGGCAAACGAUGGACGCGAAUGCACCGGCGAAAAUUACGGCAGUCAUUGAGGUAAAUCAGCCUUCUCCCGUGCGUGUCAAGUUGGCCACCAAUGAGGGUGAGGAGAACUAUUCGGCGGUGAAAGUGAAGACGAUCAUUGAGAAUGCCACAAAUCCCGAUAAAAGACAAGUUAGCUAUCUGGGAAAGCUUCGGAUUACGUCGACAAAUGGCUUGACAUGUGAAUUGCAUUUCCUUAAGGGUCGAGAACUUCGAGGUGACAUUUUCAGAGGAAAUGUGGUCUGUUGUCAGCUGUCUGGCCAUUGGGAUCAAGAAUUGACAAAAAUCGAAACCACCGGACAACAAACACAACUCUUCCAGGUCCCACAACAGUCUGACGAGCUCAUCCCAUACUACGGCUUCAACCCAUUCACGGUAACACUCAACGAGCCGGCAACAUCAAGUGAUAAUGUUCCAUCGACGGAUUCACGCUAUCGUCCCGAUCAGAGAGCCCUCGAGGAUGGACAAGCACAGCAAGCCAGCCAACUCAAGAAACAACUCGAAGAGGCUCAACGCGCCCGUAGCAAGACUACCUACACGCCAUUCUGGUUCGAGAAAAGAUACGAUGCGAUGACACAGAAACAACUCUAUUCUCCAAACAUGAAAUAUUGGCCUGAAAAGGAACGUCAAUUCGCCGGCACGAACUUCAUCGACAUCUUUCCUUGCAAG